GAAGACUACAUCUCUGCAGGAAUCAAGAAUGACUCCAGCUGUGUCUUUCCCGCCCCGCGGUGCCAGCACGGUGGCCAUGAGAAAAGAGGCCUCGGAGCUGCGAAAAACCUUAAAACCUCUGAUGGAGAAGCGCAGACGAGCGCGCAUUAAUGACUGCCUCAGCCAGCUGAAAAACCUCAUCCUUCCUCUGAUGGGAAAAGAUAACUGUCGCUACUCGAAGCUCGAGAAAGCAGACAUCCUGGAAAUGACGGUCAAAUUCCUCACUGAUGUCCCUCAGACUCCGAUAAAUGAUGCUGCAGACAGUUACAGAGAGGGCUAUGAAGCGUGCCUGCAGCGGGUCUCCGCGCUCCUCCCGCGCACGAGCCUCGACCGUGAAACCUGCGCGCGCGUGCACGACUUCAUCCAGCAGUCGCUGCGCUCGAGCUCGCCGGCCUGCCGCACGUGCAGCGCUCGCACCUCCAGCGCGCUCUCACCGAUCCAGCACGAGCGGCUUCUGAGCCGGAAAUGGAUCGACAUCACUCGGAGAGAAAAGCGCGCGAGCGUCACUGCGGAGAGAGCUCAGGAUGCGCCACAGGUCGCCGCUCAGCCCGUGUGGAGACCGUGGUAGCUGCAGAGAAGCGGCACGCGCUUCAUGCUACUUGUUAAAUAAUGUACAUAAACAGCCUAGAGAUGAGUUGUAAAUACUUGCAGCUAUGUAUAGCGUGCUGACUUGAGGUACUAAGUCAAGUCGAUUUUUACUUAAGUAUUGUAUACUUGUUCGCUUUGUCAAAAUUCGCUCGUUUGUAUCUAUCGGUUCGUUUUCUUAGAGAUCCUGCGCGGAAGCUGUAAAUAACGCGCGCGUGCGGUUUGGGGUUGAGGGUGAGGGCUUGUAGAAAACGCCUAUGUAAGACCCUGGGGGUUGUCCAGUGUAAGACAUGUGCUCUUCCACUUCAGUAUUCUGAGUUUGUGCAGAUUAUUUCACUCGUAAGCACAUUAUGUUGUGUUUUAAAGUCUCAUUUCUGAGAGAUGUGCUGUUUAUUCUCUUUGUUUACUUUGUUUAUUUCUUUGUUUACAGUCUCAUUUUUAGAGACGUGUUAUUUAUUAUUUUUGUUUACUUGUAAACACGUUUGAUGUGUUAUACAGUCUCAUUUCUGAGACGUGUUAUUUAUUAUUUUCUUUGUUUACUUGUAAACACGUUUGAUGUGUUAUAGUCUCAUUUCUGAGAGACGUGUUAUUUAUUAUUUUCUUUGUUUACUUGUAAACACGUUUGAUGUGUUAUAGUCUCAUUUUUGAGAGACGUGUAAUUUAUUUAUUGUUUACUUGUAAACACGUUUGAUGUGUUAUUCAGUCUCAUUUUUGAGAGACGUGUUAUUUAUUUAUUUAUUGUUUACUUGUAAACACGUUUGAUGUGUUAUACAGUCUCAUUUUUAGAGACGUGUUAUUUAUUUAUUGUUUACUUGUAAACACGUUUGAUGUGUUAUACAGUCUCAUUUUUAGAGACGUGUUAUUUAUUUAUUGUUUACUUGUAAACACGUUUGAUGUGUUAUUCAGUCUCAUUUUUGAGAGACGUGUUAUUUAUUUAUUUAUUGUUUACUUGUAAACACGUUUGGUGUGUUAUACAGUCUCAUUUUUAGAGACGUGUUAUUUAUUUAUUUAUUUAUUGUUUACUUGUAAACACGUUUGAUGUG